AUGGUAGAGGAGGAAGAAUCCUCUUCCAACGAAAAAACACUAAAGAAGAAAGACGUUAGCGAACUCCAGGAACAAGUAGAAGCAAAACUGGAGAGUAAGAGGCAAGCACUUGAGAAAAACCACUUCGACGUUGCGGGAGGUUUUAUCAACUGGGAAUACUCACAAUCAGACACCGAAGAAAUGAAUAAUCAACCCGACGCGGUCGGCGAUUAUCCUGACCAGAACCUUUAG